AUGCCCUUGGAGAAACUAAUACUAGCCCUGGUGAUGGCUUCGAAAAAACUGAAUCACUACCUCCAAGCCCUCAAGAUUGUGGUGCUGAUUGAGCAUCCUUUGAAGUCUUUGUUGCAACAAGGAGAUCAAAUAGGCAAGAGUAAUGGACAGGCAAAAGCAUCCAACAAGACCAUUUUGGAUGGAAUCAAGAAGAGGCUGGAAGCAGCCAAGGGAAAGUGGGUAGAAGAAUUGCCCAAUGUGCUAUGGGCAUAUCGUACUACGCCGAGAAGAUCAACCGGGGAGUCUCCUUUUUCCAUGGCUUAUGGCACAGAAGUAGUUAUCCCGUUGGAAGUCGGUAUUCCUGGAAUCAAAACCCAUGGAGUGGAGAAUGGAACCAAUGAGGCGUUCUUAGCUCGAGAUCUAGAUCUAUUGGAAGAAGGAAGGGAGAGAACAACAAUUCGGCUAGGGGACUGA